AUGACUGGAGGAAAGGUGAGUUCAGAGAAACCCUCACCCGGCGAUUUGGAUAUGACGAAGGAGGGCUCAACCAAUCCAUCAGCUGUCCGAAUUCGUGACAACCAACGACGGUCCCGUGCGCGCCACAAGGAGUAUGUCGAGGGUUUGCAAAAGAAGCUUCAGGACUAUGAGCGUCGUGGUGUCGAGGCCACAUUGGAGAUGCAGCAGGCGGCGAGAAGUGUUGCAGUCGAAAACUCCCGCUUGAAGAUUCUUCUGGGAUACCAUGGCAUCACUAAUGAUGACGUCGAAAAGUUCUUGCACAGCUUUCCUGAUCAGUCAGUUUCCGACGCCGCAAAGGCUGCUAUUCAGCAGUCAACAGCCAGUCAACCACCCAUCGCCGCCGCACCAAAGAUGGCUCUUCAACCCUUGUCAAGGGCAACUUCAGCUGAUCCCCCGAGGACGUUACCCCCACCACAGAUGCUCCAUGAGAACAGCACAAGUACUCGAGAUGUCGUGGACGCAGUUGUUGGGAUCAAGCGAGACUCUCGAAAAGCCGGCUUACACAAUGGCCCAAAGCUUCCCUUGCCGAUAGAACAGCGACAACCACUGUUGCAACCUCGACCUCAACCACCCAUACUGCCAGCACUACCAGCUCUCGUCCUUGGUCAGAGUAGACCGGAACCCCCUCCCCUCGAUAAGCUGUCGUCGGUUGAGUUCGACGUCUCCAUGAAGCCACGAGUGCGGAUGGGGUUCGAGUCCGUAUCAUCGAAUGCCGACGAUUACCCCUGA